AAACUUUGUGACUACUGCUCUGAAUUGUUACUGGAGGAAUCCAAUGUACAGCCAGUGUCUACCCCUGUCACAGUGUGUGGUGACAUUCAUGGACAGUUUUAUGACCUAAAAGAGCUGUUCAGAACCAGUGGGGAGGUCCCAGACACAAACUAUAUAUUUAUGGGUGAUUUUGUAGACAGGGGAUAUUACAGUUUAGAGACCUUCACACUACUUCUUACACUAAAAGCAAGAUGGCCAGAUAAAAUAACACUCCUACGAGGGAACCAUGAAAGUCGACAGAUUACUCAGGUGUAUGGUUUUUAUGAUGAGUGCCAGACAAAGUAUGGAAAUGCCAAUGCGUGGCGGUACUGUUGCCGAGUAUUUGAUCUGUUAACAAUAGCUGCGAUAAUUGAUGAGACCAUCUUGUGUGUUCACGGAGGUUUGUCACCAGACCUGAAGACAUUGGAUCAGAUCAGAACAAUAGAAAGGAACCAGGAGAUCCCACACAAGGGAGCGUUCUGUGAUCUUGUCUGGUCUGACCCUGAAGAUGUGGAGACGUGGUCCAUCAGCCCCCGGGGUGCGGGAUGGUUGUUUGGAGC